GAGCAGGCGAGGGGCGGGCGCGCGGGUCCCGGGGAUCGCCGAGCGGGCUUGGGGAGGCCGGGAGAGCCAUCGGCGGGGGCGGGAGCCCGGCGGGCUCAGCGCAGAGCCGGGAGAGCUCCGGGCCAGCCACUGUUCGGCGCGCUCUCGGAACCGCCGGUCCGCGCGUCCCCGCAGCCUUCCGGGAGGAAGCGGCGCCGCGGCCGGGUGCAGCCUCACCUGCCGGCCCUUUCCCCGCCGGGCGGCGCAGAAGGACAGAGGGUCGCGGCCCCGCGACGCACUUCAGCCCGUCGCAGCGUCCAGGACCCCGCGCGGGGCGCCGGACUCCAUGGCGACCGGACUCGGGGAGCCUGUCUACGGACUUUCGGAAGAGGAGGGAGAAUCCCGCAUUCUCAGAGUAAAAGUUGUUUCUGGAAUUGACCUCGCCAAGAAGGACAUAUUUGGAGCCAGCGACCCGUACGUGAAGCUGUCGUUGUAUGUAGCCGAUGAGAACAGAGAACUUGCUCUAGUUCAAACCAAGACAAUUAAAAAGACGCUGAACCCGAAGUGGAAUGAAGAGUUUUAUUUUAGAGUAAAUCCGUCUAAUCACAGGCUCCUAUUUGAAGUAUUUGACGAGAACAGAUUGACACGGGACGACUUCCUGGGCCAGGUGGACGUGCCGCUUAGUCACCUUCCGACAGAAGAUCCAACCAUGGAGAGACCCUACACAUUUAAGGAUUUUCUCCUGCGACCUAGAAGUCAUAAAUCUCGAGUCAAGGGGUUUUUGAGGUUGAAAAUGGCCUACAUGCCGAAGAACGGAGGUCAGGAUGAUGAAAACAGCGAGCAGAGGGACGACAUGGAGCAUGGAUGGGAAGUUGUGGACUCCAACGACUCAGCUUCCCAGCACCAGGAGGAGCUCCCUCCUCCUCCCCUGCCGCCAGGAUGGGAAGAGAAAGUGGACAAUUUAGGCCGAACUUACUAUGUCAACCACAACAACAGGAGUACGCAGUGGCACCGACCCAGCUUGAUGGAUGUGUCCUCAGAGUCAGACAAUAACAUCAGGCAGAUCAACCAGGAGGCUGCACACCGACGUUUCCGCUCUCGGAGGCACAUUAGUGAAGAUUUGGAGCCUGAGGCCUCUGAAGGCGGUGGAGAAGGCCCUGAGCCUUGGGAGACCAUUUCAGAGGAAGUGAACAUGGCAGGAGAUUCUCUCAGCCUGGCUCUGCCCCCGCCUCCUGCCUCCCCGGUGUCUCGGACCAGCCCCCAGGAGCUGUCAGAAGAACUGAGCAGAAGGCUGCAGAUCACUCCUGACUCCAAUGGGGAACAGUUUAGUUCUCUGAUUCAGAGAGAGCCCUCGUCAAGGCUUCGGUCCUGCAGUGUCACCGACACGGUCGCUGAGCAGGCUCACCUUCCACCGCCAUCAGUGGCCUAUGUACAUACCACGCCGGGCCUGCCUUCAGGCUGGGAAGAAAGAAAAGAUGCAAAGGGACGAACAUACUAUGUCAAUCAUAACAAUCGAACCACAACCUGGACUCGACCAAUCAUGCAGCUUGCAGAAGACGGUGCCUCCGGAUCAGCCACAAACAGUAACAACCACCUAGUCGAACCCCAGAUCCGCCGGCCCCGUAGCCUCAGCUCGCCAACAGUAACUUUAUCUGCCCCACUGGAGGGUGCCAAGGAUUCACCCAUACGCCGUGCUGUGAAAGAUACCCUUUCCAAUCCACAGUCCCCUCAGCCAUCACCUUACAACUCCCCCAAACCACAACACAAAGUCACACAGAGCUUCCUGCCGCCAGGCUGGGAGAUGAGGAUAGCGCCAAACGGCCGACCCUUCUUCAUUGACCAUAACACAAAGACUACAACCUGGGAAGAUCCACGGUUGAAGUUUCCAGUACAUAUGCGGUCAAAGGCAUCUUUAAACCCUAAUGACCUGGGCCCUCUUCCUCCUGGUUGGGAAGAAAGGAUCCACUUGGAUGGCCGCACGUUUUACAUUGACCAUAAUAGCAAAAUUACUCAGUGGGAAGAUCCAAGACUACAGAACCCAGCCAUAACUGGUCCGGCUGUUCCAUACUCCAGAGAAUUUAAGCAGAAGUAUGACUACUUUAGGAAGAAAUUAAAGAAACCUGCCGAUAUUCCAAACAGGUUUGAAAUGAAACUUCACAGAAACAACAUAUUUGAAGAGUCCUAUCGGAGGAUCAUGUCUGUGAAGAGACCAGACGUCUUAAAGGCUAGGCUGUGGAUUGAGUUUGAGUCAGAGAAAGGCCUGGACUAUGGGGGCGUGGCCAGAGAAUGGUUCUUCUUACUGUCCAAAGAGAUGUUUAACCCCUACUAUGGCCUCUUCGAGUACUCUGCCACGGACAACUACACACUUCAGAUCAACCCCAACUCAGGCCUCUGCAAUGAAGACCAUUUGUCCUACUUCACCUUCAUCGGAAGAGUGGCUGGCCUGGCGGUGUUUCAUGGGAAACUCUUAGAUGGAUUCUUCAUUCGGCCAUUCUACAAGAUGAUGCUGGGGAAGCAGAUAACUCUGAAUGACAUGGAGUCUGUGGACAGCGAGUACUACAACUCUUUGAAGUGGAUCUUAGAAAACGACCCCACGGAACUUGACCUCAUGUUCUGCAUAGACGAAGAGAACUUUGGGCAGACAUACCAAGUGGAUCUGAAGCCCAAUGGGUCAGAAAUAACAGUAACCAAUGAGAACAAACGAGAAUAUAUUGACUUAGUCAUCCAGUGGAGAUUUGUGAACAGGGUCCAGAAGCAAAUGAAUGCCUUCUUGGAGGGAUUUACAGAACUUCUUCCAAUCGACUUGAUUAAAAUUUUUGAUGAAAAUGAGCUGGAGCUGCUGAUGUGUGGCCUUGGUGAUGUCGACGUGAACGACUGGAGACAGCACUCUAUUUACAAGAAUGGCUACUGCCCCAAUCACCCUGUCAUCCAGUGGUUCUGGAAGGCCGUGCUGCUGAUGGAUGCUGAGAAGAGGAUCCGGUUACUGCAGUUUGUCACAGGCACCUCCAGAGUACCCAUGAAUGGAUUUGCCGAACUUUAUGGUUCCAAUGGUCCUCAGCUGUUUACAAUAGAGCAAUGGGGCAGCCCUGAAAAACUGCCCAGAGCUCAUACAUGCUUUAAUCGCCUUGAUUUACCUCCAUAUGAAACCUUUGAAGAUUUACGGGAGAAACUUCUCAUGGCCGUGGAGAAUGCUCAAGGCUUUGAAGGUGUGGAUUAAGGAAGACCUCCAGCACCGGGGCACUGCCCUUCCAGCAAGUUCCGAGUGCACUUUUGCAUUUGCCUAGCAGACUUUUGCAGAGCCGGUGGCAGAAGCAGUUGCCUGGCCUGGCUCUGGAGCCCAGCUUGUCCGGGCCCUGCCCAAGUUCCGCCAGGGAACCCAGCCCCAGCUCAAGUGCCGCCCCCCCCCCUCACCGCCGAUUCUCAACUGGUUGACGUGUACACUGAUUACAUUUCAGGAGGACGUGUUCUAUUUAUGUUGUGCCUCUGCAGGCAAAGCCCUUAAUAAAUAUUUUGCAUACUUUCUAAUGACAAUGAAUGGAAUUAAUCACGCUACAGGUAUAAUAUUGCAACUCAUGUUUACUUUUUAAAAUGAUUUAGACUGAUUUUCAGAUUUUAUUUCAUUACAAUUAAAGAUGUCUCAUGUACUUG